UCACGACUUGGAUUCUUCACGCCGCAGCUCCGUCACCUCUUAUAAGUCGAUCUUCCGCCAGCAGAGAGCUCACCUAUUCUACACCGCUUCAUAAUCAACUGAGCCAUCGACCACAGAUUAGAUUUUGGUAGCUGCUCGCGAUGGCCGGCUGGUUGGACGAGGGGUCCUCCUCCUCCUCCUCGUCGUCGUCUAAGCGGCGGCGCCGGGAUUGUGACUGCGACUGCGCUGAGAGUAGGAGGCCGCGGCGGAAGCAGCACCUCUAUCUGGCGCUGGACGACUGGGACGGCGGGUACAGCAUCCACAAGCUCGACGCCGACGACAUCUUGGACGACGAUUUUGGAGGAGUGCGCAAGCUUCCCGAGCCCGCCGCCAUCCGGAUCAGGUGGCCGGUGCGCGGCCCCGUGCACUUCGCCGCUCUGGGCACCGACAUCUUCUUCGCUGCCGGCCCGCGUUUCCACGGUGACGACGCCCCACCCACAACCUUCGUCUACGAAACGCAGGCCGCCGCGCUCGCCGUGGGCCCGCCCCUUCCGACCGGGCUCUAUAGCUUGGGGGCCGCCAUGGCCGCCGGUCGGAAGCUCUACGCCCUAACAAGCCCCUGCCUGGGGAUUCAAGCGAUGCUCAGCCAGUCCCCUGGGAACACCUGGCAUGUCAGCGGAGUAGACCGGACGGACUGGUUCUGGAACGCCGCACCGUCAUCAUCGCCGCCGCCGCCGUGCUGCGGGAUGGACGUCGUCGCCCACGCGCUGCACCCGGACGGGCGGACCCUCUUCGUGUCCACCGACUACGCCACCCACUCCCUGGACACCAGCAACGGCUCGUGGAGGGAGCUCGGGGACUGGGUGCUUCCCUUCAAAGGCCAGGCCUACUUCGACGCCGGCCUAGACGCGUGGGUCGGGAUCCACCGCGAGGGGGGCGGGCACGUCUGCUGCUGCCCCGUCGCCUCCCGCAGCGCCGCCGCCGGACGGCCGCCGGAGUGCAGGGUGUUGAAGGGGAGGCUGUUCCUCCGUAACGGCGAGAAGACGUACCAGAACGGCGGCCGGCACCUCAAGGACACCCUCACCUGCAUGGGCCGCGGCAGGUUCUGCCUCGUCGAGAACGUCCUGCGUCGCAAGGAUCGUUGGGACAGCGUGCUCCGUGUCACCUUGUUUAGCCUCAAGUAUGAUCACAUAGGAGAGCUCCGGACCAAGGUUCGCCCCCGCAUUAGGUCCUAUGCAGUGUCCAAGAAUAACCGCUUGUUUUCUCAUGCAGCAUUUUGGAUGUAA